CAGCCAGUGAUGACCCCGAAGACAGACAUUUACCACUCUGUUGGUUUUCAGUCGAAAUGAUGUACAUAAAUUUGGGGCGUGCUUGCACCGUCCGAAUGGGCCUGGGGUCCGGCGGCGGAGAGCGACCUGGGCGGGGCGGGAGGUGGCAGCGGGGGUCCUCCCGGCUCACCAGAGAGACGAGCGGCCGUGUUCCUAGAGAGGCAGGGAACCCGCCAGACUCCGCCACUCGGCUGCGGGCGCGGCGUGGGGAGAAGCUUUUGUGCCGGCCCAGCUGCUGGAGGCGCCGGCAACACCCGCCAGCCCCGCCAGCCCCGCCAGCCCCGCCAGCCCCGCCAGCCCCGCCAGCCCAGCGGCUCGGGCUCUGGGGAAACCGGCGCUCCCGACAGGGGAGCACCGGGCCUCUGCACUCCCUUGGGAGCAUUUCACGAGGUCAGCUACGUCUUUGUUGUGCGCGUUCCUGAACUUUUGGUCCAUUAACCAACAAUUAGACACGCCGGUAUUCAGUGCCUGGCGCGGUGCUAGAUGCUGGGUGUAAUCUCAGAAAAAUACAUUCAGGGGCGCGCCUGAGGGUGCUGGCUGCUGGCAUCUCAGGUGCUUUACGUGCAUUCGUGAAGAAGCCCAUCAGUAUUUGUUGAAUACCAGGUACGUGCCGGGCAUGUAGAGUCUAUGCAGAGAUAAACUCCUGUCCUCAAGAGCCCGGGUGGGGAUGGGGUUGGUGAUCUGUAAUACGAGAUGGAGAUGAGGGUUGGAUGCAGUUUUCCAUUGGAACACCCCAUCUCAACCUGUGUGGCUUACUUUUCCUGUCUAUAUGUUAGGGUUAGGGGUGGCCAGGGAAGGUUUUACAGUAGAACAUUUGCGCUGGGCCUUGGGAAUUUACCCUUAGAAGGGCGGUCCUGACUGUAUAGAGUGGGUGGAAAAAAAUUGAGUACUUAGCAUGGCAGUGACGUAAGGAAUUUGGGAAGACCAUGGCUUUCUUGAAAGCAGGAACCAAGUCUUUUAUUCCAGAGUUAGCUUUAUGCCUGGAAAAUAAUGAGAUGCUCCGCAAAUGUUUAUUGAGUGACAAACAAAUCAGCCAAACCCAGUAAAGAUUAGAUCCUGGGGAGUUUGAAUUUACUUCAACGAGUUUAAUGAAAACUUUGUGUGUGUGUAUGUGUGUGUGAGGUAUGUUGAAUAUGGUCACAAUUGUGCUUUAGGGAAUAUUAAUCCAGUGACCAUAGAAGCGGGGAGUUGGGCAUGAAUACCAUAACAGAACAUUAUUGUAAGAGUGAAUGAAAAUGAUAGUAAAAUAAUAAGAAGGAAAGAAUGGCUGCAAGAGGCGUUUUUAAGAAUUGACUUGACUCACUGAUGGUAUAUAGAGGCUGUUUAAAAGACUGAAUGCGUGGAAGAUGAUGGUGAUGCCAGUAGAAAUGGAGAAAUACAGAGUGAAUGCAGCUUUGAGGGACUCUGAUUUCAGUUUGAGAUCUGUUGAAAUUAUAGUGCAGUAGAGGCCCACAGCUGCUGGCAUUUCAAGAUGUGGGUUUGGAGUGCAAAAAGCAAGCUGGAGCCAAAGAUUUGAGUCUUCUUGGGACAGAGAUAUAUUGAAAGUGUGACUAAGGAGAUCACAAAGGAAAAAAAUGAAAAGAGGGAAUAAAAGAACUUGAUGCAUGUUUACUGUUUUUCAGUUGUGUAUUGUUGCAUCAAAAAUAAAACUCUAAACUUAGUGGCUGAAAACAAGCUCAGCUUAUUGUUCCUCAGGAUUAUGUGGGUUGACUAGGCAGUUCUACUGGUCUCACCUGGAAUUACUAAUAGAGCUGCAUUCAGCUGGUGAAUUAUUUGAGCACUAGGCCUGGCUGGGCUUUAGCUUGGGCAUCUUGGUUCUCAUCCACAUGACCUCUGUAUAGCUAACUUGGGCUUCCUUACAGCAUGGCAGUCUUAUGGCAGUGAGCCAAGAGCUACAGCAGCACUCUCUCUUACAAUGUCAUUUCUGCUGUAUUCCAUUGGUCAAAGCAAGUCAUAGUCCAGAACAGAUUCAAGGGAAGGAAAAAUAGACUCCACCCCUUGAUGAGAAUAGUGGCAAAAUCUCAUCACAAAAGGUAUUUGAGGAUGGGAGACUUUGGAAACAUUCUGUUACACCUACAUUUAAAGUGGAAUAUUCAAUGAGAGUUACACAGAUAUAGAUGACCUUUGAGACUGUAUUAUUUGUCCAUGAAGGCAGCCAUCUGCCUCCUCAAUGGGUAAAUUAUCCCUUCUCCCCAGCUGAAGUGCAAGCUACUCUAGCUUUCUUAUUGCUAACCCUUCGUCCCUCAUGUUCUACAUCCCUUACCUCUGGACUCAGGCCCUUUAGUACUAAUUCAAAAUAUACUUCUGAUUCAUUUCACUAAUAAUAGAAGCAAGCAGGCUCAGCUUUUGAGCAUUAACUACAGUGGAGACAAAAAUGUAAGUAGGUUACAUACAGUUUUGAAGCUCUUAUAAUUUGCAUGUUGCUGAUAAAUUCUUAUGCCUCAGAUCUCUAUUUCUGAAUAUAGACCCCACGCUAAGUGAAGCUUUAGCCUCUAAGCUCAACAUGUAUGAAGCUUUGCCAGGCCCUGCUCCUGAAAAUGAAGAUGGCCUUGUGAAAGUGAAGGAGGAAGAUCCCACCUGGGAGCAGGUGUGCAACUCACAGGAGGGCAGCUCCCACACUCAGGAGAUUUGCCGCCUGCGCUUUCGGCACUUCUGCUACCAGGAGGCUCACGGACCCCGGGAAGCUCUGGCCCAACUCCGAGAGCUUUGUCAUCAAUGGCUGAGACCGGAGAUGCACACCAAGGAACAGAUAAUGGAACUGCUGGUGCUGGAGCAGUUCCUGACGAUCCUGCCCAAGGAGCUCCAGCCCUGUGUGAAGACAUAUCCUCUGGAGAGUGGAGACGAGGCAGUGACGGUGCUAGAGAAUCUAGAGACAGGAAGUGGAGACACAGGACAGCAGGGCCUGUUCCCCAUGGAUCAGCUCAUCUCCAGGAAAAAAACCCCAGAGACAAGGCUGCAGUGCCUGUGUUUAACCCAGUCAGGUCCCAGACAUUGGUGAAGACUGAGGAAGAAACAGCCCAGGCCCUUGCUGCAGAGAAGUGGUCACAUCUGAGUCUGGCUCGGACGAACCUCUGUGGGAACUCAGCUCAGGAGACAGUUACGAGCCUCAGUCUGAUGACUGAAGAAAUUGUAACUAAAGAUAGAUUGUUUAAUGCAAAGCAAGAAACUUCUGAAGAAAUGGAACAAAGUGGAGAAGCCUCAGGAAAGCCCAACAGAGAGUGUGCACUCCAGAUUCCUUGUAGUACUCCUAUCCCUACUGAAAGGACAGUUGCACAUUUGAACACUCUGAAGGACCGUCACCCAGGUGAUUUGUGGACCCGGAUGCACAUCUCACCCUUGGAAUAUGCUGCAGGAGACAUUACCCGAAAAGGGAGAAAAAAAGACAAAGCUCGAGUGAGUGAACUGCUCCAAGGCCUCUCAUUCUCUGGUGACUCAGAUGUGGAAAAAGAUAAUGAGCCUGAGAUCCAGCCUGCUCAAAAGAAGUUAAAGGUAUCAUGUUUCCCAGAAAAGAGUUGGAGCAAAAGAGACAUUAAACCCAAUUUUCCAAGCUGGUCAGCACUGGAUUCUGGACUUUUGAAUCUCAAGAGUGAAAAGUUGAACCCAGUAGAGCUUUUUGAAUUAUUUUUUGAUGAUGAAACAUUCAACUUAAUUGUCAGUGAAACCAAUAAUUAUGCUUCUCAGAAAAAUGUCAGCUUGGAAGUCACAGUUCAGGAAAUGAGGUGUGUGUUUGGUGUCUUACUUUUGAGUGGAUUUAUGAGGCAUCCUAGAAGGGAAAUGUAUUGGGAAAUCUCUGACACCGAUCAGAACCUGGUUAGAGAUGCAAUCAGAAGGGACAGAUUUGAAUUGAUUUUCUCAAACCUGCACUUUGCAGAUAAUGGCCACCUAGAUCAAAAAGAUAAGUUUACAAAGUUGAGACCUCUCAUAAAACAAAUGAAUAAAAAUUUCCUCUUGUAUGCUCCCCUGGAAGAAUACUAUUGCUUUGAUAAGUCAAUGUGUGAAUGCUUUGAUAGUGACCAAUUCCUGAAUGGAAAGCCUAUUAGAAUUGGCUAUAAAAUUUGGUGUGGUACAACCACACAGGGUUAUCUGGUUUGGUUUGAACCCUAUCAAGAAGAAUCAACUAUGAAGGUAGAUGAGGAUCCUGAUCUUGGGUUAGGUGGAAAUCUAGUGAUGAACUUCGCUGAUGUUCUUUUAGAGAGAGGUCAGUAUCCCUAUCACCUGUGUUUUGAUAGCUUCUUUACAAGUGUCAAAUUGUUGUCAGCCUUGAAGAAGAAGGGGGUGAGGGCAACAGGAACAAUUCGUGAGAACAGGACCGAAAAAUGUCCCCUUAUGAAUGUAGAACAUAUGAAAAAAAUGAAGAGAGGGUAUUUUGAUUUCCGAGUAGAAGAAAACAAUGAGAUAAUUUUGUGUCGUUGGUAUGGGGAUGGCAUUAUCAGUCUGUGCUCCAAUGCUGUGGGCAUAGAACCAGUCAAUGAGGUAAGCUGUUGUGAUGCUGAUAAAGAAGAAAUCCCUCAGAUAAGUCAACCUUCCAUAGUAAAAGUGUAUGAUGAAUGCAAGGAAGGUGUAGCUAAAAUGGAUCAAAUUAUUUCUAAAUACAGGGUGAGGAUAAGAAGCAAGAAGUGGUACUCAAUUUUGGUGAGCUACAUGAUUGAUGUAGCCAUGAACAACGCAUGGCAACUACACAGAGCCUGUAACCCAGGUGCUUCUCUAGACCCCUUGGAUUUUCGGAGAUUUGUUGCACAUUUCUACUUGGAACACAAUGCUGAUCUGUCAGAUUAGGUCACAUAAAAUGGACAUAGUGCAGACAUUAAUAAGACAUAGAAAAAUAAUAAUUGUACAUGCUGUUGUACCCUCCCAAAGUAAAUCUGAUAUAUGUAAUGAAGUUAUUAAAUAAUACUUUUAAAAAUCAGACAUUUA